GUUCCAGUGCAGUCUAGUGCAGGAAUAGAAAACAAGCCUUAAUUCUCCCAAGAAAAAACGCUGUUUGUCGACUCUUUUCUCACUUCUCAUAUUUUCAUUUCACAUGAAAAUUUUUUCGUAAAUACGUGCGAUUAGCUAUGAUAAAUGGCAAACCGUCCGUAAAUGUUUGUUACUUAUGCCCCCUUUCUAUCAACCUAAAUUGACUAUAAUGAUCUUGGUUUAAUUUAUAUUUAAUCACGAUUUUAACGUUUCAAAAUAAAAAAAGCUGCAGUGACUGUCAAGCUGUCAAACGCAACUCAACGCAACUGAUGGAACGCGUCAUCCGGAAGUGUCGGACUUGAAACGCCAAGACACAUGACGCUGAGUGUAUACACGUCAUUGACGUCAUCUAGUGCUCUCUUUCCCUUCCCCUCUCCUCUCUAUCCUCACUCCUUUUUCCUCUCCCCCUUCGGUACGUCGCUCUGAUUGUACGUAUGUAUGUACGCGUGCGUCCGUAGUAUGUGCAGCAAACAGUGCACGGCAGUGCACGGUGCGUAGUUCGGAAUAUUAUUUGUCUUUCGGUGGCACCAAGUACAAAGGUGCUAUCGAUUCAUAAGCGAUUCCUUUUCGACGAACGUUGAUUUAUAACUCAAGGGGCGUUACGCACCGAUAUAAGACGUACUUCCGUGCAAACGUGCAUCCUUCCUUUUCUAUUUCUUUUUUCUCACUUUUUUUUAUCGUGUCGCAGCGUCUCACAAGAUCACCAAUCCAUCAUCAAUCAAGUCUGCAGAUAGUAUGUUUUAACUGGAUUAUGUAUCAGCUUUCACUGAAUAUCUUUGCCACUUUUCAGUUUGUAAAUACUACAACAUGCCACCCAAGCAGAGGAAAAUAGCUAUUAUGGGCUAUAGAUCUGUAGGUAAAUCAUCCCUUAGUAUACAGUUCGUCGAGGGACAAUUUGUAGAUUCGUAUGAUCCUACAAUAGAAAAUACAUUCACAAAAAAUACACGAGUAAAUAGUCAAGAUUAUGAAAUCAAGUUAGUAGAUACAGCUGGUCAGGAUGAAUAUAGUAUAUUUCCUACUCAGUAUUCGAUGGAUAUCCAUGGCUACGUUCUGGUAUACAGCAUAACCAGUGCAAAAAGUUUUGAGAUUGUACAAAUUAUUUAUGAAAAAUUACUCGACAUCACUGGAAAGCUCCAUGUCCCAAUUGUAUUAGUAGGCAAUAAAACUGACCUAUACGUUGAUCGUAUGAUCACGACAGAGCAGGGAAAGCGCUUAGCGAGUUCCUGGAACGCAGCAUUCCUAGAAACCAGUGCAAAACAAAAUGAGGUAUAUAUGCAGUCUGUUGCAGAUAUUUUUCACACACUACUGAAGGAAAUCGAAAAGGCCAAUGGAAAUGUACAAGAAAAGCAGAGUUGCAUUAUUUGUUGAAUUGCUUGAACUGAUGGCGUUAACAAAAAUGUAAAUGUGUAAAAUUCGGUAAAAAAAAACCAUUGGCAUAAUACUCUGAUACCUUUACAAUCCCAUUAAGUUAAAUACAAGUGUCAAAAGUGUAAAAAGAAAAAUGGUGCAUGUAAAACAGUUACAUACAAUUUUUUUCGCCAUAUACAAUGUUAUUUAUAUUUAGUUAUGGAUAUACACAUGACACAACAAUGGAUUAUAUUAUUUACUAAUCAAUGGUUAUUAUUUUUACGAAAUAAUUGAUACUUAUUUAUAUUCUGGUUUUCUCAAUUUGUGUAUUAUAUAAUUAAGACUAAUCUAACAUAUCAUUAUUUUAAUUUAUGUCUGAUAAUGUUCAGGGUACUCAAAUAGAUGUAACAUUAUAUAAUUAUUAAGAGAAGUCGACGCUCAUAAGUUAUAGUUCUAGUUAAGUUAUAAGGUUUCUUUCCUUUUUAAUGCAUUUAAAAUAAUUUUGUUUUAUGAAAAAAAAUGGUUAUCAAAGGAAUUUUAAAAUUACAAUAUUUCUACAUAAAUAUGAAUCAUAUAAUGCGUUUUCGUUUAUUAUAAAUAUAUAUAAAUUAAAAUUUGUUAAUACGUUCAUUGAUUUAUUGAAUGUGCAGGAAAAUAAGGAUAUAGUGAUACCAUAUAUUUUAUUAUGUAAAAAAUUAAAAAGGAUGUGCCAAUA